UGCCGAGGCAGCUGCUCCUUGAUUUGCCUGUCAGCACGCCCAUCAGCCGUAGCGUUGAUGCUGAUGAUGGUUCUGUUUUGGAUGGGCCCGGCUGUUGUGCAGAGCGCCGACGAGUUCGAUGCCGCCCUCAGCGACAGGCGUCACAACAGCAGCGACAACAUUGACAUGCACUACGACAAUUUCAACACCAGCGAGCUGACAGUUAACAAUGGCACACGGAUCCUGCGACGUGGCAAACGCUUCCUGGAGUUCACAAAGGGCUCGCGUAUGUCGUGGCGUACCAAUGGCAAGAACACUCUGCUCAAAAUCAAUACACUCUUCGCCUAUGGCUAUGGCUUUCGUGCCAACUAUCCGUUUCCUGAUCCCAAGGAGCAGCGUCAGAAAAACAGAAUUCUGUACAAGCGCGACUUGUUCUCAAAACUGGAAUCUGCCCUGGAUGGCCACGGCUUUGAUGGACGCGCCUGCUUGCUGAAAUCCUUCUGCACGGCCAUUUUGGAUGUCGAUAAGCCACAUCAGAAGAGCGGAAUGCUGUUCAAGCUACUCAAGCUAAUAUUUAGCCCAACUAUAUGGGCCCAUGGCUUUGGAUUUCGAGCCAACACACCGAUAUCAGUGAAGCAUGAGAAUCGACCCUUCAGAAGGGACACAUACGAGCUGCUCCACGAGCUAAUGGACCGCAGUGGCUUCGAUGGCCGAGCCUGUGCCCUUAAAGCAUACUGCACAGCAUUAGCUGGGCACGAUAGUGAGGGUUUCUUAUACAAACUAUUCAGAUAUAUGUUUACCCUUGAGGAUCACGAGAAGCAUCACAUGCCGUAUCUGCGCGAGGAGAACUGCGAGCAGAUUCUACAUAGCCACUGCCCGUUGAGCUUUGACAGCAUAUCACCAUACACAGACGACAUCUGACAGCGGAGCUUUAUUGGGAUCGACUACGAAAAAC